AUGUCAACCAAACCCACAGAGCUCGAAUCCCUCGCAGCCAGAACCGUGGUCGUGGUGAUCGGAGUCGGUCCCAUAGGGCUCGCCAUAGCCCGCCGUUUAGGAAAUGGCUCCAGACUCCUCCUGGCCGAUGAAUCUCAAGAUUCGCUCGAUGCUGCGGUUCAAACCCUCACAAUCCAAGGCCACGAGUCGUACGCCCUACGCACCGAUCUCGCUGUCCCCGCGUCUGUUCAAAACAUGGUCUGGGGAGCCUCGCUGCUCGGAGCUAUCACAACCGUCGUUUACGCCGCGAGCCAGUCAGACACUGCAGGGCCAUUUGCCGCCGAUGCGGACCACCAGGACAUCUACAAAGCCAACAUCGCCGGCCCGGCCUGUGUCCUCGACGCUUUUUCACCCUAUACCUCGCAGGGCAUGUCCUUCGUCGUGGUUGCCAACAUCGCAUGCCAACUGCACCGCAAGGAAGAGCCGUUCUCGCCCGAUUUCGAAACACACCUCGCUAUAUGUCCUUCGCACAUGCUCCUCCACCAUCCCAAGCUAGCUGAGCCCCUCGAAGGCACUGAGGAUACGCGAGGCUGCCCAUACGCCGUGUCUCAGCGAGCGAUGAUUCUCCGGGUCCAAGGUGCUGCAGAGGCGUACGGCGCCAAGGGGGCCAGGGUCAAUGUCGUGAUCCCUGGUGUGGCAUUCCUGCGGGUGAUGCAGAAGAACGGUGAGAGUAUGGCUUCGUCGGUUGCGAAGACCCCCACGCGCAGACUCGCAGUUGCGUCGGAUAUCGCCAAUGCCGUUGCUUUCUUGUGCAGCCCCGGCGCCUCGUUCAUCACUGGGUCGAGUAUUGUGGUGGAUGGGGGAAUGUCGGCUGCUGAGAGAUGGCAGUGA